UUUUUUUUUCUUUCGAUGUUCUUGAGGAUUCUUCCUUUAAUAAUGGAAGAUGACGAUGAAGAACAGAGAGAUUCGAAGCCUCUUUUGGUGAAGUUUGGAUUUGCUGCUGUUGCUCUUUCUUUUGCUGGGUUUCUUUGUUCUCGAUUUAAAACCCUAAAUCGUGUUUCAGAUGGUCACGGAGAGGUUGAUUCCGGUGAGAACGAUCGAAGUAGAGGCGGUAUCCGUGCCUUAAAGACGUCACCAACUUCAGACCAUGAAGAGGUGUUGAAGCAACAAAUGAUAGAUUCCCAGAGCGUUAGACAAGACGGAGAUGUGUUUUUCUUGACACAAUUUGAUGAUCUCGUUGAGGAAUUCGACUUUUCCGACGUCGUUGGAUCUUCUCCGAAGCAGGAAGUCGGAACACCAAGGUCAGAGCUUGACACUUUGAGAGCGUUUAGAACCGUCGAAAAGGAUGGUUAUGAGCAAAAGAUUGAGCAGUUACGAAAUACGGUAAGAAUGCUUAGGGAAAAGGUGCAGAAUCUCGAGUUCCAGCUGCUCGAAUAUUAUGGUCUUAAAGAACAAGAAACAGCUGUUUCGGAGCUCCGAAACAGACUGAAGAUAAACAAUACGGAGGCUAAACAUUUCCGCCUCAAGAUCGAGUCCUCACGGUCGGAGAAACAACUAUUAGAGGGCCAAGUCGCAGAUCAUGCAAAAGCCGUCGCCGAGCUUGAAAGUGCGAGAUCUAAAAUCAAGGUGCUUGAGGAGAAACUUAAGCAUGAGGCUAAGAUGAAUAAAGAGCAUAUCAUAAACCUUCAAAAGAGGGUUUCUAGAUUGCAAGAACAAGAACUCGAGGCCCCAACAAAUAAUCCGGAUAUAGAAUUGAAGUUACAGAGGCUAAAGGUUUUGGAAUGUGAGGUAGAAGAGUUGAGGGAAUUGAAUACGAGAUUGCAGAUAGAAAAUUCCGAACUGGCUCGGAAGUUGGAAUCGACUCAAAUCCUUGCAAAUUCUGUUUUGGAGGAUGCUGAGAGAAAAGCCAUCAAUGAAACGACCAACCGUUUGAGGCAAGAAAAUGAAGACUUGACAAAGCAAAUCGAACAGAUGAAAUCGAAUAGAUGCGAUGAUGUCGAAGAAUUGGUGUAUCUCCGAUGGAUCAAUUCUUGUUUGCGAUACGAGCUGAGGAAUUAUCAACCCCCUACUGGUGAACCAGUUGCUAGAGAUCUAAGUCAAAGCCUAAGUCCGAAAUCAGAGGCGAAAGCCAAAAGGCUAAUACAUGAAUAUGCACAUACAGAAGGAAUGGGACAUAGUGGGAUGGAUAGCAUGGAUUUCGAUUUUGAUAGAUGGUCUUCUUCCCAAGCUUCCGGAACUCGAGAACUCGACGAUUCUUCGAUUGAGAAGUCGUCAACUACGAAAUCAACCAAUUCGGGUAAAAAGAAGUUCUUCAAGAAUCUUCAGAGACUAAUACGGCGCAAAGGCAGUCAUCCUUUGACCCAGGCUUCAUCAAUAAUCAAAACCGACGAUCCAUAUGUUGAUGGUCCUUCAGCUUGGAGUUCGAGUAUGAUGCUCCGAAGCCGGAGUGAGAGGGUUGCAACUCUGUCUCAGAGUUCAUCUGGAACCUCUUUGGAUGUACCGAGAUGGAGAAGCCUGGAUGAUGAACCUGCCAAAGAUGUAGAGAAAAUUUGCAGCGAGUUGAGUUCUUACGGAUAUCAAAGAUUCAUAUCGGGCAAGGACGACGACGACGGUUCGAGCUUUCCUCUCGAAACCAAACACGGGAACAACUCUAACUCCCAGUGGAAAUCGGAGUCGGUGAAGCUUGCAGAAGUUUUCGAAGGAAUACGGACGGUAAAGAUUCACAAGAAAUCAGCAAGCAUCAUAUGAAAGAUUAGUUCAAACAUAGUCCUAAUGUAACGUAUCAUCUCACGUCCACAGAUCGAAAUAGAAACAUAUUUUCUUUUCUCGGAAAAUAUCAAAAUAUGUGGUUUU